AAGAUGAUCAUGAACAAUCCAUCGACAUGAUGCUACAUAGGUGUGGUCUGAUGAUAAAUAAUUUCAUUUCAUUUUCUAUUUUCUAUACACAAGAGCACAUGGGCAUCGCUGUUAAACGUGACAAGAGCGGGUAUGGUGGAAGGAUAAUUGCAGCUAAAGAUGAGACAUAUCUGAAAGGGGGAAACUAGUUUCGAUUUCGGACAAUCUGGACUUAGACCACGGACAUAGAAACAAGAACACAUUGUUAAGUACACCAUCUCUUGAUACAUUGCAGUUGAGAGCCCGGCGCUUCGUUCGAGAUACAAAUCGAGAAAAGGAAGCAAAAGUUCAGCGGGCUCCAAUGGAGGAUCUGUACACAGACCUUCUCUCGUGGCCUCGUCAUUAGUGUUUUUCGACCAUCGAGAGGCCAACUCUGUGGCUGGGCUACUGGCUGGAGGUAUACUCUAUGUUCCUUUCGAAAUUUCUGAAACUUUGCUAUUCUUUAGCAAAAGCUAUUGUAGGUCGCCUUGUGAUCAACACGAGGAACAGAAAAAAUUACAAGUAACAAACUGCGGAUUUGACAAGCCACAGGAGAAAUCGCGCAGACGACAGGGAUACGUGAGACCCGGGAGACAAAGUGACUGGAGAAGGAAAGUAUUAUAAGGUCAGAAAUCAAGGGUUACCGAAACAAGAUGAACAUGGUGUCGUGUCUGCUGGGGCUGCUGCUUGUCGUCUCAGUCUCAGUAAAAGAUGCUAAAAGUGAAAUUAGAGUGCCACCAACAAUACUAAGCCCGAGGGAAGGUCAGACAUUGAUCUAUAAACAAUACCAAAAGGUCACAGUGUACUGCAAUGCUACUGGGACUCCCAAGCCUAAAUAUAAGUGGAAGUGGAAUGGGGCAGAAAUCAACUCUCAGCAUAUCAAAUAUAAUGAAACGGAUGGACACCUUGAUAUUCCAUCUCUGUCAGAAAGAGAUGAAGGAAUAUUUGUGUGUCUCGCCACAAGCACAUUUUCUAAGGAAGAGAAAGCUGUGGCACUGUCUCCACUAGUAGAAAUUCGAGUUGCUCGUGUGGGCGACUUUAUAAAAAGACCUACAGAAUAUUACAAUGUGAAAGAGGGAAUGUACAUAAAGCUUCCUUGCGACAAAGAGCUUCCAGCUUACUAUGGUGCAACUACCUUUAAAUGGUACAAAACAUACGAUCAGAAAAAUACUGAAAUCUUUAUGGAUGCACGGAAAUUCAUUGACCAGGAAGGUUCGCUACACUUUUCUUAUGCACAGACUGAUGAUCAGUCUGCUCGUGAUGAGAAAUACAAGUGCGCCAUGUCUAAUGUUGAUAGUUCAGUCAUCAAACUAGGCAAUGAGAACAGCCUACAAGUGAACAGCAAUGGAAGCUCAAUUCCAGAUUCAUCCCCGCAUGUUCAAUACACUACGAGUGGGAAACUUCUCACUGUUGAAGUUGGUAAAAAUGCCACACUUGAGUGUGUUUUCAGUGGAUAUAAAGCAGGUGGUAGCAAUAACAAGACGGUGCCUGUCAUCACUUGGCUUGAUCAGCUUCAACAGCCCAUUGGAGAUGGAGGUCGUUAUCAGAUUACCCAUGAAGGCCGUUCUCUUAUCAUCAUGAAUGUCACAGAAGAAGACGAGAAAACUUACCAUUGCCAAGGGACAAAUUUACUGGGCUCUGCCAUAGGGAACUUGACACUAAAUGUCACAUCCCGUCCCAUUUGGGUGCAACGUGUCCCUUCUGUAACAUUAACAGAAGGGAAAGAUGCAGAGCUCACAUGUGUCACUAGGUCUGCAUCCAAUGAAGCUAAGCCUAAUGCUCCCAUUUGGCUCAGAAAUGGGGAGUCAAUGACUUCAGGAUAUGAUCCAAGUAAAUACGUGUUCAAUCCUGACAAAACUAUUUUGACGAUAAAGCAUGUGAAAAAAGACCGAGAUAUUGCAUGCUACCAGUGCGAGGUGGCUAACAGUGUUGGCAUGGUUCAAGAUGAUGGCUGUGUCAAUGUUGUUGUUCCCAUUAGCAUUAGUGUUAAGCCAAAUGAGAUACAACGUGUCAAGAAAGAAGAUGUGGUGGAGCUGACUGUUGUGGCUACCACUGACCCUCUAUAUGAGAGUGAGAUGCGCUACUCCUGGAUCUUCAAAAAUGUUACAUACGAAGGUUCCAAUGCCCCACCUAAUGUAACCUAUGAUGCAGUCAGCAAGAGGGCCUACAUCAACACCUCAGUCCUGACUGACGAAGAAUUAAAAAAAAUUGUGGGGAUCUACCGCAGAGUUAUUACCACACCUGUUGAAACCAAACAUAUUGAUGUGGAAGUGAAAUUAGAAGCUAAAAAAACAGAACCAGUGGUAAACGAAGCAGGAUUUGAUUUUUGGCUGAUUAUACUUGCUGUUGGCAUCUUCAUAGUUCUGAUCGUUCUGAUUGUCACCAUUUACUCAUCAUGCCGUCGCAAGCAGCAGGAAGGAACUUACCCAGUGGACAAGAAAGAGACGGCUGCUGGGCUUGAUCCAGAAAAGGAAUUAAUGAACAGUCGCUUUCAUGACAUUAUAUAGUUGCUGAGAUUUCUGUUAUGUUGAAAAUGAUGUGCAAAUUUAUAUAUAUAAGCAAGCUUUGACACUGCAGACAGUGCAUCACCUUUACAAUCUAGAGUCCAGGUGUACUUAAGUUCAUGGGCUCAAGGGUAGUAAGUGAUCUUCACAGUUUAAUGUUUAUGUAAAAGCCCUGAGGUAUAUAAGUUUGCUCUUCUAGGAUGUGUGCAAAUGUAACUAUUCCCAGGAGUGGAUUUUGUUUUUAUAGGCCUGAUGACCAGUUUCUACAGUUUGACAUUUAUUAUUUCCUUGCAGCUAUUAGCUGCUUGUAUCAUUUCUCAUGAUCAGAAUUCAAAUUUUGAUCGACAAAAGUAAAUAAAUCAGAAAUAAUUUUGUAAGGUUAGGUUGUUUUUAAAAGACCUAUUCCAGUCUCAGAAAUCAGAGAAAUCUACAGAAAGCAGAUUUUAUCUCAUUCUGCACAUUGACAUAUGAUGAGGGUUUCUUAUGGAAAGAUAUAUCAUCUUUGAAUUUGACAUUUUUACAAUUGAAAUAUCACUUAACCAUGAUAGAGACACACAAGAGUCAGCCUGUACUUUUCACUUCUAUGCUCAUUAGGACAUAAUUAUUAUGAGUAAUGUCUUUUCACAUAAUUUUACAGUCAGGGUCUGUUUUGUUCAUAUGUACAGCCCACAUUUUGUCACUUUUAUUUUAUGAUUGUCUUGCACUAUAUCAGAUAGUUGCUGAACUGCAUGGACAAUGUAUUCAUAACUGCAUAGCUUUGCUUCUUGUUUGGUUCAUGUCAUUAUCAGCCAGCCACAGUUGAAAGCAUGUUUUCAUCGUAGCAUAGCUGACAUUUCAUGAAAACUUGUUUUGAGUUAAGGGUCAAAGUUUCAAAACAACUUGAUUCUUCUUUGUUCUGAUGAUGAGAGCUUCUUGUAGCACUCCAUUAUGCAUGCACCAGGUGCAAAAUAUUGCUGCCUUUUCCUUUUGAACCCACCAGCAUUUUGCGCAGCAGGUCUUUCAUACCUUCACCAUCUAGGAAGGGUGGUCCAGGUGUGCAUUGGUUAGCGCCUGUCACCAAGAUUGGCUGUCCUGAGUUCAGCUCUCAUCUCGGGCAUACUGUUCUUUCUCUGCAUGUGGCAUCUUUACAGGGCUGGCUGCCUUGCCGUGAUAUAUCCUUAGUUGCUGGCUUGGUGUAAAACACAUAUUUUCCCCCUGCCCCUCUCAUCAUCUACCUUCCACAUCACUAUAUGAGCUCAAUGGACUCAAUUAGUCCUAACAUUGUUAUUUUUCUUUUUUUUUUGUUGACUUGCCAGCAUGCCACACUUUCGUGAUGUCAUACC